AUGCAGAGGCACGAAUCUAUUGCAAACAUUCAGAUGCGCGUGUCUCUAAAAGGAUAUAGCAUCGGCACUUGUGCGCAUCCCCGACCCCUGAGAUGCUGGCCUUGGCAGCGUCAUCUCAGCCAACAUUACCAAGUGGCCAAAGCCGCAAGCCGUGAAUGGUUCACUGGCUUUCAAGCCUUUGACCCCAAGUCACAAGAUGCAUUUAACAGAUGCGAUUUUGCCCGCUGCCGGACGUGCUGCGACCUCAUGACGCUGUUCUACGCGUUUGACGAGUACACAGACGUGGCGGGCGAAACGUCCACGAGGCAGAUGGCGGACAUGCUCGUGGACGAGGUGCGCAACCCGGACAAGCCCCGACCGCAGGGCGAGUGUCUCUUGGGGGAGAUGGCGCGGCAAUUCUGGGCCUCGGGCCGCCGCACCGCCACGCCGAUGGCAGAGCGGCACUUUAUUGAGACGAUGCAGCUGUAUGUCGACGCAGUAGUGCAGCAGUCCGAAGACCCCACGCACGACCGCCUCCGCACCAUCGAUAGUUACUGGGAGGUCCGCCGCUACACCAGCGGCUGCCUCCCGUCCUUUGCCCUCAUAGAGCUCGAGCUCGACUUUCUCGAGGACGUGUAUCAGCAUCCCCUGCUAGAGCGGCUGCGCGACUGCGCCAUGUACAUCGUCACGGCAAGCAACGACCUCUACUCGUGCAACCUGGACCUAGGUCCGCAGGCGGCCGCCGACUUAAUCCACUCCUGGAUGGAUGGGAUCGUGUGGGCUUUUGUGCGCUGCAGGACAGCGCUCCCGUCGUGGGGUGGCGACGGGGGACAGGUCGCGCGCUACGUCGAGGGCCUCGCGCGCGACGUCGAGGGCCUCUCGCGCUGGGUCCGUGGUAAUGGCGACUGGAGCUUCGAGGGCCAAGCUACUUUGGCACUGUAG